AUGUCCAAAUUUGCUCCUCACCGUCGCUCCACAGCCAACCCCACUGCCACGUCGUCCACCAUAUGCCAGAAAUGCCUCGGCACAGGUCAUUUCACAUACCAAUGCAAGUCAACUCGUCCAUACGUAUCGCGGCCAUCGCGCACGCAGCAGCUUGAGAACCCGCGGACCCUUGCGAAGUUGAAGCUGGACGGCAAACCGUCUGUGGAAGUACCGGAAGAGUUCAAGAACAAG